AUGUUGAUUCGAACAGUGCUUUUAAUGGCGCUUGCCGCGCUCGGGAAUUCAAAUCCCGUCGUUCCAGUUUAUGAUACAAUUAUUGUGGGUAUGGGAGCAUCAGGCUGUGCUGCCGCCUCAGUUCUCGGCAAGGCUGGCAAGAAUGUCUUAGGUCUUGAAGCACAAAACAGAAUUGGGGGGAGAGUUUAUACCGUUCCUUUAGGUGACGGUAUUGUGGAAGUAGGCGCCGAAUGGAUUCACGGAGAACGCCCUAAUCCUGUAUACGACCUCGCUUUGCAGCACAACGUAACCAUUCUCUCGCAGAACACCAACUUCAUAGUUUACUGGUCUAAUGGAUCAAUUGCUGAAAAAGGCCUAAUUAACGACCUGUUGGCGGUCUCUGUUGCUGCUUCUUUAGAAUCCACAGAUCAGCCCGAGCCUGUUGGACAAUAUGUAAAGAAAAAAAUUACAGACCACAUAACAGCGCAUCACCCGAAUUUGUUGAACGACAAAGAAUUUUUGGACAAUUUCUUCCACUUAGUAGACCUGAUGAUGAGCGGCUAUGAGGGCUCCGACAACUGGAACGAGCUCUCCAGCCACAGCACAUACGAAGACUUGGAGGGUGAUAUGCAUCUGAGCUGGAACAAAAACGGUUUCAAGACGCUUUUUGAAAUUUUACUGAACACAUAUCAAGGUGGCCCUGGAUACCCGACUUUGACCAUUCAACUUGAGAAGGAAGUCACCAAGAUCACGUACCCCCAGGACCCAGCUCAAGAAGUGGUGGUGACUUGCAAGGAUGGAUCCAUUUACAAAGCAAAGAAUGUUAUUGUGACUGUUUCACUUGGGGUACUGAAGGAAAGCUACGAAAACUUAUUCUCUCCAGAGUUACCACAAUCAAAAAUAACAGCAAUAAAAGAUAUUGCUAUGGGUCUGAUCGGGAAAAUUAUACUUUUAUUUCCGAACCAGUGGUGGGACCAAGAUGUUAGCGAUGCCAUUAGUUUCCUUUGGAAAGAAGAAGAUGCAAAAGGGUUAGAAGACGAUUGGACGUAUGGGAUUGGUGGGGCUUCAAGAUCUAUGGGAAACAGAAAUGUUGUUACACUUUGGAGUAGCGGCAAUAUAACUAAAACGAUAGAGGCGUUGCCUGACGACGUUGUCCAGAGCAAGGCGAUGGGACUGAUCAGACGAUUCAUGGGUAAAAAUAAAGAGAUACCAGAACCCAUCAAAAUGAUUAAAACUGACUGGUUCACAAACCCAUAUACUCGGGGAACCUAUUCCUUUAGCAACAUCGAACCACCGCAGCCAUCGAACAUUCGCGACAAUUUAGCGGAGCCCCUCGUGGACAGCAGCGGAGCCCCACGUGUGCUGUUCGCUGGUGAAGCGACCAACAGCAUACACUUCUCUACUGUCAAUGGAGCUGUGGAAUCUGGGUUUAGAGAAGGCAACAGAUUGGUACCAGCAGCUGCAUAA